CGGAGAGGGACCGACUAGAAUUUGUCCAAUAGAAACUCUGGUUUUCGUUUCAAAACGUAUUCCAUUUCGAGUAAAUGGUUUGAUUCGUUUUGCAACAGAACCGGCGUAAUGAAUACACCCCCUGUGUUGUGGGGUAAUCGUUUCAGCGCAAAAUGAUUUUAUUUUAAGGACUAUUUACAUAAAAUGAAGAACGUGCUCUUAUGAAGCCUUACGUCGAAUAAUGUUAUUGUUUUAUCAAAUUGUUAGUUUAUUUCUGUAUCGAUUGACUAUAAGUUAGUCGUCUUUUAUGGGCUUUGGCGCUGGAAUGGUGAAGAACAAAAUGGGAAAUAGGAUCUUGCUUUUGCUUGGUUUCCUGCGGACAGAGGUGUUUUCCAUCCAGGUGAUUGUUCCUCAGACAGUGAGGAGUACAGCUCUCUUUGCCUCGGUCAUUAUGCGCUGUGAAGACUCCACCUCCGCCAACCAACAGGAAGUCCUGGUCACUUGGCGGUUUAAGUCCUUCUGCAAGACCCCGUGCUGGAGUUCUACUCCACAGGCUGCUCUGCAGCUGGCCCAGGACCCAGCCAAUGACUGUCCAGACCGCCAGCGCACUGUUCGCACCGUCAACCAGAUGAGGGGCACCAAUGACGACAUGCUGGGCUCUGAGUAUCGGGAGCGCAAGAUAUCCAUCCAAAACAAUUGGCUGAUGGUGCUGUUCAUCUUCGGGGCUUUGCUGCUCAUCAUGCUGUUCUGCAUCGGGUGCUGCCCCCAGAAGUUCUGCUGCUACGUCCGCUGUCCCUGCUGCCCACAGGCCUGCUGCUGCCCAGAGAAAGGCUCGUUCUCUGAUGGGUACCCUACCAAGUCCACCUUCGCAUGGCCCCGAUUGGGCCCUCGCCCCUGUCCCUCCAGCAGCAGCCUCCCCCUAUCCCCCAACACCACAUGCCCCAUCACCACCACGGUAAUGGCAGCGUCCACAGGGGGAGCGUGCAUUGCACCAACCAGAUGUUGGACUUCCUGGAGAGACAGAUGAGACGGAUGGACGUGUACGGCCAGAUGCCUUUCCCUCAACAGCACCUGCCACCCCAGGCCAACCAGCACCAGUCUCAGCCCCAGGGGGUCCCCUUCACACGCCCCCCCAAAGAAUGCUGCCUGCCCUGGAUGUGAGGGGUGGAGAGGAGAGUGAUCACUUUGCCCCCCCAUCGUCCAGCUGGUCCCCAGCUUCUUCUCUCGCAGGGGACUGGAGUGGGAGGAGGGACCAGGGGGUGCCCCAGAAUAUCCAGUCAAUCCAGCGGUAGCUCCAACUGGACUGGCGGUGACGGGGGGUGGCUGCGGCAGUGGGCAUUACUGUGACAACCUGUGUGACAACCGCCACCCCUCCACGGCGAGGCAUUCUGCAUAGCUACAGCGAUGAGUCGGACUGGGACGACAGGAGAGGGGAGGGGAGGGAGGGGAGAGGUUCGGCCGGUAGGAGGACGGAUGGGUCCGGGUCAGCACCACGGUCCCGUAGUCGUGACGACCUGAUGGAGGAGCUGCAUCGGUCGGCCCCCGCCAGGCGAGACAGGUGCUACUCACCUCCUCCCCUUCUACAAGGACCUUGAGCUCAGAGGAGGACAGCAGGAGAAGGGGAGGGAAAGGGGGAGGCAAGGGGAAGCUGUGGCCAGAGAAACCCCCCAGCUACUCAUCUAUAUCCAGAAAGGCAAAAGGAGGAACUAUGACCGCUACUCAGUAAGAAACACACAAGAGUGCUGAUGUAUGACUCACACCCAUGUAACAUUGUAUUCUCAUAUGGGAUCGUACUGUCCUGGAACGGACAUACUGUACAUACAGAAUGGUACAGUACACACACACAUUCACAUGCACUCUUUUGACCACACAAAUUACACUAGCCUACUAAACAGAUUUCGUUACCCUCUCCUCACUUUCUCUCGCCCCAUCCCGCUCUCUGUCUCGCUCUCCCUGUCUUUCUGUCUUUUUCAGGGUAACAGCUCUCGUAGUGUUACCAGUGUGGUGAUCUGAAACCUACCUGCCUUUCUGACUUUUCCUCAGUGUAAACUGAUGGUUUGUUUGUGUCUCCACAAACUCUGUCUGUACCCCCGCACACUGACUCGGUACCGGUACCCCCUGUAUACAGUGGGGGGGAAAAGUAUUA